ACUUGGUACUUGUGAAAUCGUUCCCUUAAAAUCCCCCCACCGUAAUGUCUAAAUGCAACACUUUUUACAUUGCGGAAAUAUUUGGGUUUGCAAGUCUUUUAUCAGCGAAAUAAACUGCAAAUUGUAAGAGCCCGUUGCCGGCAAAUAUUGUGAAUAAAACUAAUAAUUUAGGGAAUUAGUGAAGAUUGAAUAAAAAUCGGCAAAAAUCUUUGGCAAAGUACAACACAAUAAGUGUUGAUUCGCUACGUCAAGAUGCGUUUGACAAUAUUUCUCUUAAUAUUGUGCGUAUUCGAAUAUGCGGUUAGCGUUGACCACACUAAAUUCAAAACAUGUGAACAAAGCAGCUUUUGCAGGCGUUGUCGCAAUGUAAAACCAAACAAUUCUAAAUUUGCUUUGUUGCCUGGUACGCUCAAUAUAUAUGCCGAUUCUGUAACUGCAGAACUACAACAUAAGAUUAACAAGCACGUUUUUACAUUGAAAAUAGAAGCCUUGGAGCAGGACAAUACAUUCCGUUUGUUAGUGGAUGAGAAAACUCCUUUGAAAUCACGCUACAGGGUAACUGAUGCAUUGAAGUCGGCACCAAAGCCUGGAAGCAUUAAAGUGCAAGAAGGUGAUGCUGAAUUCACUAUUACAUCGGGUGCCAAUAAAGCCGUGGUCAUCAGCGAUCCAUUCCGUAUUGAUUUCUAUCAAAAUGAUGUUCUUACCGUCUCGGUAAACGCUAAAGGUCUUAUGACUUUUGAGCAUUUGCGAACGAAACCUGCUGCUAACGAUGCUGCAGAUGAAAUCACGGAUUAUGGUGCAUGGGAGGAGAAAUUCAAUGCACAUCACGAUUCAAAACCAUAUGGACCGGAAGCAGUUGCGCUCGAUUUUAGCUUCCCAGAAGCAGAUGUCCUUUUUGGCAUACCCGAACAUGCGGACACAUUUGCUUUGAAAUCUACCGCUGGUACAGAUCCUUACCGUUUAUACAAUACCGAUGUAUUCGAGUAUAUACUCGACAGUAAGAUGGCAUUGUACGGUUCUGUACCAGUACUUUAUGGGCAUGGUACUCAACGCACUGCUGCUGUCUAUUGGCAAAAUGCAGCAGAAACAUGGGUUGAUAUAGACACUGCUGAAAAGAAUGUUGUAUCCUCGAUCGUCAACUUUGUCUCAGGCUCUCGUAAAACUGAUGCACCAGCGGCACACUUUAUGUCUGAAUCAGGUAUUAUUGAUGUAUUCGUUUUGUUGGGCCCAUCUCCACUGGAUACUUUCAAGCAAUAUACAUCGCUUACUGGCACGGCGCCUUUACCACAAAUGUGGACGAUUGCUUAUCACCAGUCCCGUUGGAAUUACAAUAAUGAGCUCGAUGUUGCUUAUGUUUCCCGCAAAUUUGAUGAAUAUGAUAUCCCAAUGGACACAAUGUGGAUGGAUAUUGAGCAUACAGACGGUAAGCGCUACUUCACGUGGGAUCAGUAUAAAUUUCCCAAUCCACUUGGCAUGAUUAAGAAUUUGACUGCGGUUGGUCGUCAUCUGGUGGUGAUUGUUGACCCACAUGUUAAGCGGGAUAAUCAUUAUUUCUUCCAUCACGAUUGUACUGAACGCGGUUAUUAUGUUAAGACACGCGAUGGCAAUGACUACGAAGGUUGGUGCUGGCCUGGUGCUGCUAGCUACACGGACUUCUUCAAUCCGGAGGCGCGUGCAUAUUAUGCUAGUCAAUAUUUGCCAGCGAAUUAUAAGGCUACUACGACUGAUGUCAUGAUUUGGAAUGACAUGAACGAGCCAUCCGUAUUUAAUGGCCCUGAGGUGACAAUGUCUAAGGAUGUUAUACAUUACGGCAAUUGGGAACAUCGUGAUGUACAUAAUUUGUAUGGACACAUGCACGCGCUGAGCACAUUCGAGGGCUUAAUGGGUCGUGAUCCAAAUCAACGUCCAUUCAUAUUGACACGUUCCCAUUUUGCUGGUACACAACGGUAUGCCCUAAUUUGGACCGGUGACAAUAUGGCCGACUGGGGUCACUUGCAGCAUUCCAUUAAAAUGUGUUUGACUGAAGCAGUGGCCGGUUUCUCCUUCUGCGGUGCUGAUGUCGGUGGUUUCUUUGGCAACCCGAAUGCUGAAUUAUUUGAACGUUGGUAUCAAACAGGUGCAUUCUUGCCUUUCUUCCGUGGUCAUGCCCAUCUUGAAACUAAACGUCGUGAACCGUGGGUGUACGGCGAAAAGACACGUCUAAUUGUACGCGAAGCGCUGCGAAAGCGUUACUCCUAUUUGCCACUAUGGUACACAAUGUUCUACGAACAUGAAGUGACUGGCGAACCUAUUAUGCGUCCACUGCUAACACAUUAUCCCAAAGACAAAGAGGCGUUUGCCAUUGACAAUGAGUUCCUCUUGCAGGAUCGUUUGCUUGUGCGUCCCGUAAUUGAACAGGGUGUUAAGAAAGUGAAUGUUUAUUUCCCAGCAAUUGAUGAUAAAAGUAACGGUGAUGUAUGGUAUAACAUCGACACAUUGAAGCGGUUCACCAACGUCGGCUAUGAAAGCAUUCCCGUCGAAAGUGAUACGAUUCCUGUAUUCCAACGCGGCGGUACUAUUAUACCUAAAAAGGAACGUAUACGCCGUGCCUCAACACUCAUGAAGAAUGACCCAUACACCUUGGUUAUAUGUUUGAAUCGUGAGGGUAAAGCUGAGGGUACACUUUAUGUGGACGAUGAGAAAUCGUUCGAUUAUCGCAAUGGCAUACACAACUAUAUAAAAUUCAAUUUCGAAAAUAACAAGUUGGAUGUAAAUCCAAUUGGCAAACUCAAAUAUAAGACACCCGCUUGGAUUGAGCGUAUUGUCAUAGCUGGGUUGGAACGUGUACCCAAAUCGGCCACACUUAUUAUAGAUGGUGUUUCGCAAGAGCUGGAGGUGCUACCUCACGGCGAGGCUAUUGCUAUACGCAAGCCUGGCACUUCGGUUCAGCAAAUAUAUAACAUUAGACUUAACUAUUAAAACUGCAAAAACAGUAUAAAGCAAUUGCAUAACUCAGGGAUGCUGUUUGUACUCGAUAAUUGACAUUAUUUUAUUAUAUGUACGCUUCUCUAUGCACCUAUUGUUGUUGUGAUUGGCGUAGGCACCGCUUACGCGAUUAUAGCCGAAUCAACAGAAGCGCGCCAUUCAUUUCUUUUUUCUCUGCUCGUCAGUUGGAAAUACCAAGCGAAAUCAGGUUGUUCUGCACCUGAUCUUUCUAACGGAGUGGAGGUCAUUCUCGUCCUCUGCUUCCACCAGCGAGCACUGCAUCGAACACUUUCAACGCUGGAGUGCUUUCGUCCAUUCGAACAACAUGCCACCUAUUAGGCACUUUUUAUUAUCAAAACUAAAACAAUUAUAAUCGUAUUCACAAAAAAACAAAAA